AUGGCAUUUUGUUUACCCUCUGAUGAUUUACUGACGUUUAUUACCUUUCGCAUUAUUGCUUUUCUUUUCUCUUAUUAUUCUUGCACAGGUCAAGCGCAAGCGUACGCGCCUCCGUGGACGUUUAAUCCUCCCGAAUCUAUUCGCGUGUUGAAACAAACAGGAGUCUACGACGUCGCGACGGCGAAAGACCAACUGGUCGAUAUCAUCAAAACCACCGACUGCGACGGUUUUACCGCUGAAAUCACCGAAGAGUACGACGAUUACGUCAGAGCUACGUACACGUCCCCUACGUUUGGCUUUGUCGACGACGUGGAGUUUUGGUUUACAAGAGACGAUCGAUCGACGGUGGAAUACUCCUCCCGAUCGAGGACGGGGAAAGACGACGGCGGAAAGAAUAGGAAUAGAAUACGAACGUUACGGAAAGCAUUGACGGCGAAAUACGAUUGGGCUUCCGUUGGCUUCUAG